AAGUAGAAAGACUGCACAUGUUUCGGAGUGGCAACCAUUUUAUUUCUAAUACAACUACCGAGGUUCGUAACUGAAAGUAGGCCUAACCCUAAAAUUAAACGAAUUAGGUAAAACAAUGAGUUUUAUACAGGUUUCCGAAGAAGAAAACGACGAAAUAAUCGAGCUACCAUGUGAAGAUGAUGGAACUCUCCUUUUAUCUACGUUAUCUGCUCAAUUUCCUGGAACUUCUGGAUUGAAAUAUCGUAAUCCAGAUUCUGGUGGCGCACUACGUGGAGUGCGACUUGUAAAAGGAAGAUUUUAUCCUCCUGAUGCUGGAUGGGGAAAUCAAGUAUAUAUUUGUGUAUUUCCAAAAGUGGAAAACAAACGUAAGUCAGAUGAACAGUUGGAAAAUAGCACUGCCAAAACAAAAAGGAUGGAGAGUAUACAUAAGUGUUCCGACCUUAUUGUGCUUGGAUUGCCUUGGAAAACUACAGAACAGGACCUGAAGCAGUAUUUUGAAGCUUAUGGAGAAGUUUUAAUGGCACAAGUUAAAAAGGAUCCUAAAACUGGUAAAUCAAAAGGGUUUGGUUUCAUGAGGUUUGGAAAUUAUGAAUCUCAGGUUCGUGUACUAUCAAAACGUCACAUGAUUGAUGGAAGAUGGUGUGAUGUGAAGAUACCAAAUUCAAAGCAAGAUGGCCAAGCAACAGAACUCAAUAGGAAGGUGUUUGUUGGUCGCUGCACUGAGGACCUUGCAGCAGAUGACCUCCGAGAGUUUUUCUCCAAAUUUGGUGAGGUAACUGAUGUAUUUAUCCCAAAACCAUUCCGGGCUUUUGCCUUUGUGACCUUCAUGGAUCCAGAGGUGGCCCAAAGCCUGUGUGGGGAGGAUCAUAUCAUUAAAGGCACUAGUAUUCAUGUUAGCAAUGCUAUGCCUAAGAAUGAGUCUGGAGGUCGCCAUGGACGUAUACUUGGGCGAAUGAAUGGUCCAGGGAAUCACAGUGGAAUGGGUGGCGUACAAAUGAGAGGGUUUGGAGGUGGUUUAGGACAAAAUAGUCCUUUUGUUGGUGGUCAGAUGCCUCAACAUGGGAAUAUGGGAAUGGGUGGUGGUGGUAUGUGGAACCAAGGAGGGGGUGGAGGGAAUCGUAGUGCAAAUUUAUCUAAUUUAGCAGCCCUUGGAAAUAGUUUAGGCUUAGGAACAAUGGGAACUGGAGGAAAUCAGCCUGGGGGUCAGGGAAAUACUGGUGGUCAGGGAGGGGUCAAUACCAUACCUCCUACACUUAGUAUGGAUGCACUCAACCUUGGAGCAGCCAUACCGUUAGGUUCAGCCAUGGUUGCAGCGGCCCUAGGACAAGCGGGUCUCGGAUUGUUUCGAGGGAAUUUUCAGUCGGCAACAAUGGGUCAAGCAGAAAAUCAAGGGAUAGGGAAUCCCCAGAAUCCCCAUAUUCCAAAUACAACAUCAGCACCAUCACAUGUUACAGCAGGUGGGGGAAAUGCUCAGAGGUCAGGGUUUCUAGAAUGGAUGAAUCAAACCCAGGGUUCAGGGGAUGCAAGCAACAGCAAUCCAGGACAAUGGCCUCAGCGAGAGGUAAAACAAGGGUUUGGAAUGUCAGUGUCCCCAUGAAAGUAGCUAGUGUAUGAGUGGAACAGUGUGUUGGUAUGUGUGAAUCUGUCUUAAUAUGUGAAAUGUCUCAUUGUGUGAAGAAUUGAGGUAAAUGUGCUCAUCUUGUACUGGUUUAACUUUUCAUUCAUUGUGUUCUAAUCCUUUAAGCACCAUAAAUAUUUAUCUCACUUAUGCCUUAUCAGAAUGUUUUACUGAAGGAAGAGAUAUUUAAUAACCCUUUUUUUAUCCCAGGGCAACACUAUGGCUACAUAUAUAUUUAUAUUCAUAAAAUUAAUAACUAAGAAACAAAACUAUUUCUGAAACAUGGAAUUUCAAACACGAAGCAUGAUAACCAUGGACCUAAAAAAAGGUUUCACAUGCUUAUUAGCAUAAUGCUCAAUGAAAGAACUAGUGAGUAUUUGUCUCGCUGUAUUUUUCUGUUAAGUUCUGUAAUUCUUUUAUAAGUUGUAUGCAGGUAUAUAAAAAACCAAUGACCUAUAAGAUCAUACUGGAAUGAAGUUUCCAUAAGAACUAUUAGUUUCAAAUUCCAAGCACAUUUUUUCUUCUGAAGUGAAAGGGUACUACCAAACUAAUUAUUUCAAGAAACUAAACAGGCAUUUAUGAUUUUAUUAGCUCUAGAAGAAUGGAGGCUGUAAAACAAAAAAAUGCAGCGAGUUCUUUUUGAUGGCAUAUGGCACAGCCAAUUUAGAUAAGUUCACUGUUUUCAAUCUAGUUGAUCUAGAAAUAAGCAACAAAUAUCAAUAAGGAUCAUAGUUUUGUAGCUUUGUUUUGUACAAUGACAAGUUUUACCUACAAGGGUGGAAAAUGUGAAUAUUUCUACUUCCAAAUAAAAAUUACAAUUGGGGGUACAAAAGUCAAUAUCACAAUUAGUUUCAUUUUGUAGAUAAUUUGAGGGAAAUAUCAAACAGAAUUUGUUAACACUUAAUAAUGUUAUUUGCCCUAUUAAAAAAACAAAAAACAUGACAUACUGGACUGGUAAGGGUUAUAGAGUUCGGCUGAACAAAUGAUCCAUUCUGUUGUUUAAAACAGUCAUAAACAGAAAUGGGUUUACUUCUUCUUACUAUGAAUUUGCAGUAAAAGAUCUUAUCAUAAACAAGUUUUCCAGUUAGAAAUAUCUGUAUGUUUAGGGGAAAAAAUUUCUUUAGCAAUUUUUGAAAUAUUCUGGUUUCUUUGUAAUGUUUAAAGCCAAAAUGGAAAAUUGUAAAACAUCUUCUGUUGUAAAGUCUGAUGUGUAAUCUGUUGAAAAAAGUGCUGUGUUGAGAUUUCUUUAAUAUUUUUUUGUCUAAUGCUGAUGAUUUUAUAUUUUGGAAUUCACAUGAUCCAUCUUGUAUCACAGUGUGAUACUUGACUGAAUUCAAUUGGCCCAUGUUAGUACGCUGAUGCAUACUUGCCCAUUACGAAAGAUUAAAAAAAUAAAACUUUUUCUGAUAUAUCUUCUUUUGCUAAUUGUUAGUUAUUAACAAAAAUAUAUUGAAAGAAGAAUGAUAUAACUUUUAAAAGAUAACAAGGAAAUGUUAUUGUAAUAUGAAAUACUGCUAAAGCAAGAAACUUUAAAUUACAAUUUUCAAGUCUUUUUAUUAUUAUUAAUCCAUGUUUUUUGACAAUUAUUUUGUUUCUUGCAUUUUAGUUAUGUGUUUGUACUUUUCUUAUGUGUCAUACCACACGAUGCACACUUUUUUAUAAUGUAGGGUGUGUUUCUAUUAGUUAUUGUUGAAAAUUGACAUAUAGAGUAAGUGUGGUUUGGAUACUGGAUAAAAUUAUAGUACGUUAACCUUGCAAGUUCGACUGUAACAUCUAAUUGUGUAUUUGGUGAGAAGCAUAGUUAUGUACCUGCACAUUAGCUAAUAUUACUUACACGUUUACCGAGAGCAUUUUACAGAUGAUUUUUAUGUUUAAACCAAGUGAACUGAUAUUGUUUGUAGCACAGGUAGUACCUACUUUACACGUUUUUAAUUGAACAACAUAAACUUGUUUCACACUUCUUAUAAAUAAAGAUUAGCUUAUGCACUUAAAUGUCAGAGGUGAAAGCACUAAAUUUUGAAUUUUAAAACUGAAAAGUGACACAUGAGAGUUAAAGUGUAAUGGAUUGUGUAAAGCUUCUUUUUUUUUUUAGUGUGUGUGUGUGCAAAGAACAUAGUUAUAACAAGUUCCUAUGUUUACUUAUCUGGAUGGUGCACCAUACAAAGGGCCCAGACUACAACCAUCCUUAUGGAAUCUUCUCAUUUUAGUACUCUGUUUUUCUAAGUAGUCUGCCUCAUUCGAUUGUUGUAUGGUUAAAAAACAUUAAUCUAUUCUGGAAUGUUAACCAUGAAGCAUGUUUACCAUAUGUACUUGUGUAUGGUGUUUGAAACUAGUUAAAAAGGUUGAAUCUAAAUAUGAUUUCAUUAUUGUGUUUUUCUCUCUCCUUUGUAUGUCUUAGAUUAGUUUUUGUUGCACAGAUAUUUGAAAUUUUUGAACUAAAGAAAAAUCGUUUAGAAAUCAUUUUAUGAUAUUGACUGAGGAAAGUUUGAAACUGUCAGAUUUAAUGCUACAGGUUUUUAUUUUUUUGCAGUUUAAUUUGCUUUCUGAUUACAUGAUAAUAUGGUUGUGUGAUGAUCAACAUAAAAAUUCACUUGAAGAUAUUUGGAGAUAAUCCAAAUUGUAGUGGUUGACGAAAGUGUAGAUCUGUGGAUGUAGAUUGUAACACAGUGUAAUGAUCAUAUAUAUAUAUAUUAUCAGCCUCAUAUAAUAUUUAAUCAACAUGAUUAGCAGAAAAGAGUUUUAACUGAUGCAGUUUGAAGUGUGUAACAUUUGAAAAUUUAGAACUUCAUUUUGGUUACUUAAUUAAUUGCAUUACUUAAGAAAAAAGGUGUCUUUCAGAACCUUUAAUUUAAUUAAGUACAGUAGAUUGAAAGGAAAUUUGCUAUUGAGUAUGCAUGUUGUAUGAAGCAAAUGAGUGAUUUUUUUGUGUAUAAAGUGUUUGAUAAUUUGGAAGUCAGCUAUACCUUCUUGGAAAAUAUGGUUUCAGAUGUUUCUUCAGACUGAAAUAAGAGGAUCUAUUAGAAUUUUCAAACGGUUAGAAGUCUGUAUGAAAAAUAUACUUUUUGUCAAUUUUGAUUGGAUGACAGGUGUGAUUUACAGCUGUCUUUUUUUGUUACUUUUCUAAUCCUGAAUGUUUGAUAAAAAAAAAUUCUUUAAUAUCAAAUACAGUCAAACCUAUUAAUAAGGACAUCUUGAACCCUUCUCCCCCCCCCCCCUUCCCCAGUUCACAUUCUUUUCUACUACAGUAAGUGUAACCCAAUUUGUUUUGAAUGUUGCUGGAGAGAAGGGAAUCUUAUGAAUAAGAGAUGAAAAAUGUUUGGGUCUGAUGGCCUAGUUGCAAAAAAAAUUAGAAUAUUUGUUUAUGAAUUUCUAUUAUACUUUAAAGUGAGUUGAGUUAGGCAUUAUGAGGUAUUGAAAGAUGACCACUCUAACAGGUUUGUCUGUAUAUUGUUUGUUUCUAUGAACAUAACACUCACUGGUAUGUAGUGCUACUUAUUUAUUGUGUGGUAUUCUCUUCUCUGUGAAAAUGUAUGCAGUGAUAUCAGAUGUGUGUACAAUAUUUAAAUAAAACUUAAUUAAAGCUAUUUGAAGGCUAAUUCAAACUGAGUGUGAAAAGAGAAGCAUGUAUAAAAAUGAGAUGUACAUGUACACAUAGUCAAUGAGAAAAUAUUUUCUUUGUUUGUAAGUGAUGAUUCAAAAGUUAAUCACUUUUAAAAUUUGAACAUUGAAUAGAUUUGGAAAUUUUGGUCAUGAGAUAUAAAAGAGUGUUAUGAGCAGAACAGUGUAUGGCUCAAAAGUAUUUUGUAAAAGGACCAAUCUCAUUUGGUGUAACUAUUUGUUGUUAAAUUCAAUACUGACUUGUGGCAAAGGUUAUUUCUACAAAGGAAAUUUUACUUGUAAUUGAUUUGUUUCAGAAUUUGUUACAUUUGUGUUGUCUGGUAUAUUGCUUCGACCUUGGAUAGAACUUAGUACUGAGAAUGAAAUAAUCCAUAUAAUUUCAUGUUUGUCAGCUUUUUCUAGGUUAGAUGAUCAUUCUUAUAAAUAUGUCUAAUAAAAUGCUGUGAUCUGUGUGUGAUUAAGUUGCUGUAAAAUAAGAUAAGUUGUAGCAUUUUGUAUGUUUUCAGUUAAUAGUAUAAUGACUCGUACCUCUAGUUUCAAAACACUUAUGUCGAGGGUUGCAUGGUUUUAACUGAUUCAUGCUUGGCUGACAUGUUGUUUUGAAAGUAUGAGCUCAAGUGUAGAGGACAGCAAGAAAUUAGACUUAAGGUAUGGGAAAUGAAUUCUUUGUUUCAAAGUCACAAGUAGAAGACAGAAAGUUUCCUCGUGUUUGUGUGACAAAUUUUGCUGAUAGUGUUAUCCCAGACACAGACAUGAAAUCUAUUAUACCCUGUUGUCUUUCUUUGUUAACUAAAAAAUUGGAAUGUUGAAAACAUCAUGGUUAUGUGCAAAAAAUCUAGUAUAAGUGUGCUUGAGGUUGUCUACAACUGGAGAUGUGUCAUGCAGCAGAGCGGUGGUCUUGUGCGGAAUCCUGAAUGUAAAGAAACUUGAGUGUUGGAAUGUGUGUAGUUUUGCUUUUCUUCAAUAAAACUGACUGUUCUGGAUAAGAAUGGCUGUUGUCUUGUGUGCAUUUAAACAUCUCCUUUGCAGCAAUGGUAUACAAGUUUAUUUUUAUUGCAUGUAACUAAUUAUUUACAGAUUUUAAUUUCGCAACUUGCUGUUAAAUAUUUACGACUCUAAAAGCUACAAAUCCAACAGAUUCAAGAUUUUACCAUAUUUAAUAUUCUUUUGAAAUGAUGCAUAUACAUGAAAACGUAUUAGUUGUAAAACCACCUGUUAAGUUAGAAGGGGUUGUGUCAUUAUGGAUAGUACAACUACCUCUCAGCAACAGACAGUUGGAAACCUAUAUUUGUGUACUGUAUUUAAUUAUUACACUAAAAAACAUUCAACAACUGCUGAAAAAAAGACCCAUUAACCUCAAAAUUUGUGAUACAAGGAUGAUAAAAUGCAAUCACUAAUAUCAUGAAUGCAUACCAGAAAGAUACAUUCAAAGGUAUUUAGGACAAACCAAAUUGUCUCACAUGACAUUCUUUACAUUAAUGUCAUAUGAGAUAUGAAUUUAACGUUGGAAUAAUUUUUGAUAACGAAUUUUCUGCAUGUUAUUACAUGGAACUAAUAUUGUAUGAAAUAUCAUUAAAGAGCAUAUUUCAUUUAUAUUGUGUCCAAAAUGGUUUAAAGAUGUCUUCUGAGUUGUAUAAAAAGUAUAAUUGUAUAUUAUGAUUGCAAAAUUUUGAGAACAAUUUUUAUUUAUAGUAAAGUUUUACGUUGGGUUCAUCAACAUGGUACUUUUUAAGGAUUGAGUGCCAUGUUUAUGUGAAUACUUAUUAAUUGUACUUUUCCUCCUUUCUUUUUGAAGGCAGCAGUUAUACAUAAAAAUUAUUAACUGAAUGCUUGUUUUAAUAAAGGUAAAAAAAAUUAAUUUUAUGGAUAUCUGUUCCCAAAUUUGAUCUGAUUUUAAAGGCAUAUGUAUUUAAGUAUGCAAUAGUAGUGUAAGAAAGUUAGAUCUGUGAUAUUACCUAGUCUAAUAACUAGAUGUACUGGGAGAUUAUCUGUUAUUUUUUAUUAAAACUAUGUUAAUCUGAUAGUAAAAAAAAGCAUUUAUUAGCAAUGAACUUCACAACGUUUUGUAUUACCUAUCACCUGGCAAGUAGUUUUAACUCUUUUAACCCCAUAAUUUUUUGCAUGUUCUGCUGGAGUUAUUUUCAUGAUGUCCUAAUAAUUAUCACCAUACCUUAUAAAAUUUCCAGUCUAUUUAUAAAAGGUGGAUAAUAAUAUGGCUUGGAUUAGUUUUCAGCCAAAGAAACAUAAAUUUAUCAGACAUUGUUACUGUCUGAUGGGUAAAUCAGGAUUUAUGGCCUGAUGCUGGUAGCAUCUGCUCGAGUUUGAGGGGUUACGAGCUAUUUUAAAUCUGAACAGGUAAAUUACUAAAAGCCACACAGGCUACUUUAAGAUUUAAUUUUUAUUAAAAAGUAGAAUUGCUUAAAAGAGCAAUAGUAAAGUAGUGUUAUAUAAAAGUUGAUUUGAGAAUGAGAUGUUACACAAUGAAAAGAUGUGACUGUUCAUUUUGGCAAAAUCUGCGUAUGGCUUACCUACAAGUCAUGUUCAUUGUAGUUUUUCAUCAUAUGACCUCGAAGGCCAUUGUGCUUCAUUGGUCUGUUAGUGUUAGCUUGGAGUUAAAUUUCAGACGAACUGAAAAAAGCUAGCCCCAAUGGUCAUUAAAAACACCAGUAUCAUUUGCAACAUAUUUAUUAUAGAAACUGAUUAUUUUUUUUAUUAUUUAUGGUAUUAGUUAUACCACUAUUAAUGUUAUUUUCACUUGAAAUAUAAUGUUACAGUAACUACUUAUAGGCUAAUAUACUCUGUACUAGUUGAUUAUAAUGUUUUUUGAGAAUUUUGUUUCUUGUUUGUGUUAGUAUUUUAGCACCAACAGUAUUACCAUUAAAUAUGUCCAUUUAUACGAACAACAAAAAUAGUUGUUUUUUAUGGACUAUGUAUUUUAAUGACCCAGUUAUGUUUGAAGUUUAUUCUUUAAAUAUUUCUCUCUGUAUAUUUGUGUCCAAUGUAAUAAUGUACAGUUUGGUUUUUAUUUUUUUAUUAAUUCAUUAGUUGUGUAGGUUGGUUUUAUGUAUUUAAUAAUUAUUAUUUUUCCUCCUCCUCCUCCUUCACAUGGUGGUUAGGGUAUUCCACUCCCAAUCUACAUCUAACAAGAUCAAAAUUAGGCACUGCAUGUGCUCAAACCUUCAGUCAUAAUUAUAGUAUUACGAUAAUUCCCACUAUUAAAGAGUUGGCAUUUGAUGCUACUGGCUAGUUACCUUCGUUUGUGUCAGAAAUACAAAAUUAGGGACAGCAGCGGAUAGCCUCAGUAACUUUGCUAUAAACAUAACAUUUUUAUUUUUUUGUUCCUGCUACUAGUACUUCAAGCUAAUUACUAUGAUAACUAUUUCCUUAAUUAUAAGCUAUGUUUUGAUGUUUCGUAUUUACAAUAGUUGAUGUAGGGAUUUGUAUUGCUUAUUUUAAUAUCUUUAUAAAUAUGAUCCUAUUUUUAGAACAUUGAUGGCAUAUUGCUAGCAUUAAAGCUGCUUGGGAAGAUGUUAAUGCCACAUCUUACAUGUAAACAGUAAUUUUUGGUCUUUUUUUAUUAUUAUUAUUAUAAGUAAAAGUACCCACCCACAGUGACAGGAAAAGGUUAAGUUAAUCUAUCAAGUUAAAUUAUUUCAUGGACUUUAAAAUGGUUAAUUGUGUUGCACUCUUGGUUUCACUCAGAGCCAAAGUUCUGAUCUACUUAUACCGCCCACUGCAAAAAGUAAACGUUGAGCAUUUCAGUCAUUCUAAAAGCCACUCAGGAAUAAUAUACGGUAAAUCUACAUUUUUAUCUUUAAAUUAUGUCACAUUUUUGAAAAGUGGGUGAUAGUGUGAUUAAUUCCUAACAAUUUAAUGAAAAUAUUCCUAUUUGUGAAAUAAAAUUUGGCAUCAACAUUAUUCAUACCUGUUCUCCCGUCAUUUCAGAAAUGAAUGUUGGGCUUUGCCUGUGAGCGCAGCUUUUAAAACAGGAGACAGAUACUGCAGUUCACAAUGUAUAUAUUUAGUCAUAAACAGAUAAGUAUAUUAGAUGAAAUUUACUCACAGUUUUCAAGGUAUUUAAAAGAGCAAUUCUUUUU